CGGUGAGAAUUUGUCCACAUUUGGAUGGAGUGUAUGUGUGUAGGCGGUUGUGAAAGCAAUCAAGGUUGCCAAGUCGACAGAAUUGUUCUCCUGCAAGAAGAAAAAUCGUAGGACAAAGCAGCAACGAUGGAGUUGAGCGCAAGUCACAGUGUGUUACCUGACCCAUUUUUUCUUCUCUUGAACCUCGAUAUUCCCUUUUGUUGGAUGGUUCAGCGUUGUGUGUAUUCUUGAGUAGAGCAACCCGAGGAAUUGUAGUUACAGAGCAAUCUAAUGAAUUGAUUUGUAUGUUUUUAUGAGAAACGUCGUUGUUACUUCUUUGAUAGAAGUACAAGCUGUGGGCGUGAACCUCUCUAGGACACACUUUAUCCACGAAGAAACUUUGUUUUUACGUAACAAAGAUAGAACGCGUGUGUCUGUCACUUAGUUUGUGUGUAUAUUCUGGGAAAUAUUCGAUUGUGUUCAGUGUCAGUUGUUUUGGACAAUAUUGUAUAUUUUACCCAGUUUCAGAAAGUAUUUAUUAUUGAAAUACAAUUGUGGAUGCCAAAAUAUUUAGUUUCUCUAUUUCUAAAUACGACCUGCCGUAAAAUCCUUCUUAAACGAGGCACAAAAGAAAACAAAUUGUUGCAUUAUUAUUCCUUUGACAUUUGGAAGUUUGCAUCCAAAAGUCUUCGCAAGUAUGGGACUCUUUAGUAGACUGUUUCUUAGACCCAGUCGUGUGCCUCAACGGAUCGUAGAGUUUCAAAAGCGGAAGCAGGAAGGUUAUUUCACUUAUAAUGCUGGGAAGUAUGACAAAUAUAUUAACACCCCUAUUUACUUGUUUGUGUCCGCCACUGGUCUCUAUGCCUUUGUGGACGGUUGUCUUUGGGCCGCAGGAAAGAAAGAAAGUCAAGCAUAGAGUGACGCGUUUCCACGGAUGCUCUCAACAAGGGAGCGAUGACGUGGUGUGGGUAUAUUCCCUCAAAUAUUCAUAGUUUUCUCGUAAUGAAAAGUUUUUUUUCAGUGAAACU